GAAAAAACAACCCUUUCCCCCCUCACUCUUACUCACUGAAUCUCUCCUUCCUUCUCGCUCUGUCCUGCGUGCUCCCCCUUUCUCAAAAACAUGAAGGAAGAAAGAGAAGAAAUCCGUCUGGACGAGUGUGGAGAAGGGAAAGUUUGAGGGCAGCUUUUAAAAGAAAACGAAAGAGAGAGAGGAACAAUAAUAUGCGGAUGGAAUGAAGAUAGGGUGCUUUAUAGCCAUUCAACGCAAUUAAGCGAGACAUACGGGCUGCGCACAAGAACGCAGUUACUCGACUCUUCUCAACGUGAGACUUUUAGAAUCAUUUUAGGAUAGAUGAAUACUCAAACCUCGACUAUUAAGACACAAAUUAUCGUAUUUACUAAGUUCUAGAGCAGCUUCAUGAGCUGCAAGUCACAGCUCAUCCCGGAAAAGGACUUAGCCCCGAGGACCAGGGGGCAGUGACUAGGGCAGGUCGCCGCACCCGGAGUUUAGGCGUUGCCACACGGCGUUGACCCGGAGCCAUGGCAGGGGCGAAGCCCGGAGUCCACGCUCUACAGCUCAAACCUGUGUCGGUUCACGACAUACUAAAACGGGGGAGCAAGUUUAUCAAAUGGGACGAGGAGCCCAACAGCGGUCACCCAACCCUCAUCACUCUGAAGGUGGACCCAGAUGGAUUCUUCCUUUACUGGACUGGUGGGGCCAACAUGGAGGUGGAGAUUCUGGAUAUCAGCCAGAUCAGAGACACCAGAACUGGGAAGUUUGCCAAACUACCAAAGGAUGCACGUGUCAGAGAGGUGCUGGGAUUGGGUACACCAGGCGAGGGCGGCGUUGCCGUGGAGGGCAAGCUGGUAACGGUCGUCCACGGCAACGAUCUGGUCAACGUAUCCUUCCUCAACUUCCAGGCCAUGCAGGAAGACACCGCCAAGGUGUGGACAGAGGAGCUCUUUAAACUAGCCACAAACAUUCUGUCCCAGAAUGCAUCUCGCAACACCUUCCUCCUCAAAGCAUACACCAAGUUAAAGUUGCAGGUGAAUCAAGAUGGAAAGAUUCCAGUGAAGAACAUUCUCAAGAUGUUCUCUGACAAGAAGAGAGUGGAGACCGCACUGGAACAGUGCGGUCUGGUCACCAACAAGGCAGAGGGCAUUAAGCCAGACGACUUUACUUGUGAUAUGUUCCAGAGCUUUCUCCACAGUCUCUGUCUCCGACCUGAGAUAGAACGCAUCUUCGUAGAGCUUGGUUCUAAGGGGAAGCCCUUCCUCUCCCUGGAUCAGUUGACAGACUUUAUAAACCGUCGUCAGAGAGACUCUCGUCUCAACGAGGUGCUGUAUCCUCCGCUGAAGAGAGAGCAGAUCAGACAACUGAUGGAGAAAUACCAGAGCAAUGCCAGCCAGCUGGAGAGAGAUCAGAUCAGUCUGAUGGGGUUCAGCAGGUAUCUAGGAGGAGAGGAGAAUACCAUGGUCCCUCCAGAGAGACUGGACAUCAUAGAUGAUAUGAACCAGCCCCUGUCCCACUACUUUAUCAACUCUUCCCACAACACCUACCUCACAGUUGGUCAGCUGACAGGUCUGUCGUCGGUGGAGAUGUAUCGCCAGGUGUUACUGACUGGCUGUCGCUGCAUAGAGCUGGACUGCUGGAAGGGACGGCCGCAGGACGAGGAACCUUACAUCACACACGGCUUCACCAUGACCACAGAGAUACCCUUCAAGGAGGUGAUUGAAGCGAUAGCAGAAAGUGCGUUCAAGGCCUCUCCCUAUCCCCUCAUCCUCUCCUUCGAAAACCAUGUUGACUCGGCGAAGCAGCAGGCCAAGAUGGCGGAGUAUUGUCAAAGUAUCUUUGGAGACGCCCUUCUCAUCGACCCUCUGGAGAAAUACCCGCUGAUCCCAGGUCAGCCCUUACCGUCGCCCCAGGAGCUGCUGGGUAAGAUCUUGAUCAAAAACAAGAAGAAGCACCACCACAGAGCGUCCACCAGGGGCAGUCUGAGGAGGAGGACCGGAGAGACGGACAGUCUGGGACUGGCUUCACCUCUUAACGACUGUCAUUUCAGUGACAGUGAUGGAGGCCAGCUGCUAUCCAAUGGGGAAGAGAGGCUGGCAGACAGGCUGGUUAAAGACGGAGAUUCUCGCAAAUCUAUUGGAGGGGAGGGAGAAAGUGAUGAUGAGGAGGAAGAGGAACCAGUGGCUGAACUGAAGAAACCGAACUCUGAUGAGGGUACUGCUAGUAGUGAGGUGAACGCAACAGAGGAGAUGUCUACUCUGGUCAACUACAUAGAACCUGUCAAGUUCAAGAGCUUUGAGGUCGCAAACAAGAGGAAUAAGUAUUUUGAGAUGUCGUCGUUCGUUGAGACUAAGGGUAUGGACACCCUGAAGAGUGCCCCCAUUGAGUUUGUUGAGUACAAUAAGAAGCAGCUGAGUCGUAUCUAUCCUAAGGGCACCAGGGUAGACAGUUCCAACUACAUGCCUCAACUCUUCUGGAACGUCGGCUGUCAGAUGGUGGCACUGAACUUCCAGACUCUUGACCUGCCCAUGCAGUUGAACAUGGGAGUAUUUGAGUAUAAUGGCCACAGUGGCUACCUGCUGAAACCAGAGUUCAUGAGACGGACAGACAAACACUUUGACCCCUUCACCGAGAACAUUGUGGACGGCAUCGUAGCCAACACCGUGAAGAUCAGGGUGAUCUCGGGUCAGUUCCUGACCGAUAAGAAAGUGGGCGUGUACGUGGAAGUGGACAUGUUUGGACUUCCUGCCGACACAAAGAGGAAGUAUCGCACCAGGACAUCCAAUGGGAACAGCCUGGACCCUGUCUGGGAUGACGAGACAUUUGUCUUCAACAAGGUGGUCCUCCCCACCUUGGCCUCUUUGAGGAUUGCUGUGUUUGAGGAGAAUGGGAAGUUUCUGGGACAUCGGAUCUGUCCUGUGUCAACUAUCCGUCCCGGUUACCACUACAUCAGCCUGAAGAACGAGAUGAAUCAACCUCUGAUGCUGCCCUCCCUCCUGGUCUACACCGAGGCUCAAGACUACGUUCCUAAUGAACACCAGGAGUAUGCAGAAGCCUUGACCAACCCCAUGAAACAUUACAGUCUCCUGGUCCAGAGAGACAGACAGCUGGCGUCUCUAAUGGAGGACAACAGUGAGAGUGUUUUUGAGCAGCCAAAGGAGGGAGGGCCGGAUUUGGAAGGUGACGCCCCUCUUGUGAAGAUCCCCUCCCCCCUCCAUCCCGUCCCCGCCCCCGUCGAUGACAUCGUUGACCUCACCAGCUCACCUGGUCCAGGCCAGAAAGAGGAUCUUAUUGCAAUAGUCCUGACAAAUCUCCAGGCUCAGUCUAUUGAAGAGCUGAAACAGCAGAGGUCAUAUCUGAAGCUGUUUAACAAACAGUGUAAAGAACUCCAAGAGCUCCGUAAGAAGCACCUGAAGAAGGUAUGGUCCCUGAGUAAAGAACAGAAGAGUCGCUUUAGCCAGCUCCACUCUGACACACAGAAACAACGCAGUCAGAUGGAGAAACACCUGAAAUCCAGCAUGAAGAAGAAGGAGUCAGCAGAGCCGGUGCAGAGGCAGCUGACAGCGUUGGAGGCGGAGCUACAGAAACAGACCGUGCAGCUCAGGGAGUGGCAGAUGGAGGAGCUUCUCAAACUACGACAAGAACAACACUCACUGGAGAGAAAGAAGAGACACACACACCUACAAGAGCUGUCUCGGAAACUAGAGGAGACGGCCCAGGAAUGCCAGCCGGCUCAACUGAAAAACCUCAAGGACAUAUGUGCUAGAGAGAAGAAAGAGCUUCAGAAGAUUCUAGACAGGAAGAGACAGAACAGCAUCACCGAGGCCAAGAGCAGAGACCGAGACAAGGCCGAGUCGGAACAGAAUGAGAUCAACAGGAAGCAUAUCUCAGACUCUGUCACUUUAAUCCGCCGGUUGGAUGAGGCCCAGUUAAGGCGUCAGGAGAAGUUGGUCAUUGGUCAGAGAGAAGUCCUACGGCACAUAGAGGAGGAGAAACCACUGCUGAAGGCCCGGUUGGAGCAGGACUUUGUGACGGAGCUCCAACGUCUACCUGAGGAGAUCUGCCAAUAUCUGCAGACGGUCCUGGAGUCUAAAGGUCUCUGCAGCGACGCCCUCUUUUCCUUAUCCAAUCAUAGCAGCUCCAGCUCAGGCACGCCCUCCAACUGCUCCACGCCCACUUUACCCUUAACGCCCAAUAGCAGCGCCUGGAAUAGGAGCCUAGACAAUGGCAUCGCCUCAGUGGUGGAUUCAUCCUCUUCCUCUACUCCUGUCCAAUCAGAAGUAGAGUUGACCAUGGUGUGAAUUUAAUUAUGUCCAUUUUAUCAUAAUGGUUCUUGGGCUUUAAUUGGUGGAAAAAAAAUAUUUUUGUUGUUUUCAUUUAUUUUUUAUUUUUUUAAUUGUAAUUUUAUUUUUUAUUCGAUUAAAUAUCUUAAGAUGUU